GCGGGAUUUCUGCUCGGUGCACACCGAAGCGUCCCAUAUGCUGUCGUCUCCUGCGACUCCCGAGUUUCUCAGUGCGUAUCCGAUACCGGUAACGUCCCGCCCGUCGUAUCGAUUAUCGUAUUUACGGAAGUAGAUCGAGUUCGGUUUCGAGGGACCCGAGUGGAUUCGACCAGUGUACGUCGCGUCGUACAUGCCUCGAGUCUAGGUCUUCAACUUUGGACAGUUCCUUGAAGUAUGGUGACGGGAAGAGAAUCAGCCGUAACGCGACCAGUGGAAUGAGGUUAGGGUCCGACCUGAGAGAAAAGCGGUCAUAAGGAGACCGCCGGGCCUUACAGGGCCGCCGACCUGACCGGUGUCAUCUGUCAUGACAAUGGUCGUCAACAAGAUCAACAUGUCGUCGUAUUCCACGCCGCGGCGCACUUUCUUCUCCGGGCUUCAUAAUAAGAUGUCGGAGUUCCCUGUGGAGGGGGGAGAAAACGGGGACAUGCAAGCCGCGAUGGAGAAUUUUCAGAAGAAAAGCAACCUCGUGGCCGGGAGGUCCCACGUGACGCACUCGCAUCACCCACAGGUCACGAGCUCGUCACAGAUGCUGACGAACCAGAGCCAGAGCAGCAGCACGACCAGCUCCAGCAGGGUAGCCAAAUCCUCCCAGAGGAUCCUGACGUCCUCCUCGUCCUCGUCGUCCUCGAGCGAGAUGAAGGCGAGCUCCAUGAAGAGCGACCUCACCGAGCUCAAGCGCGGCAUCUCCGAGAUGAAGAACAUGUCUACCAACUUCUCCCAGCGGCUUCGCAGCAGCAUGGAGAACCUCGUGGACAGAGACGGAAAUGGGCCAGAGGAGUCGGACUUGGUGGAGCCUUUGGUGACGUUCCCUGACCCCGACACCCCGCCACCUGCCACGGGGACUGUCACCUUGACGGGAGGCUCGCCCUCCCAGCUGAGCUCCCUCAAUUCCCUGAACAAUCUGCACGGCAUGAGCCCGCCUAUGAGCAUGGCCAGUAUACCCAACAUGUCGACCAUAUCCAGUCUGCCGGCCGGUCCGGAGACCAUGAAGUUCGAACAGAAGAAGGUGACCAGCGCCUCGAAGACGAAGGUGGUCACCGACGGAUUCAGUGCGGAGAAGGCGACCGCUAACAGCGCCGAGAUGCGAGCCCUCCAAGCCGGCGAUGUCAGCUACAAGGAGCAGAGUGCAGCGACCGCGGCUCGAGCUCGCGUAGAGUUGGACGGCGUCUCCGCGGAGAAGAGCGUGGCCGCCGCCAGGGAACAGAGAAGUCUGAAAGCCGGAGACCUGUCGCACCAGGAGAGCAACAAUGUGGCGGCAUCGACCAUGAAGUUGCAAAGUGACUCGUUCAGUUCGGAAAAAAAAGCCAUGGCGGCGCAACAGCAGCGACAGACGGUAACCUCCACUGGGAUUUUCAACCAGGAGAAGCACAUGGCGGCGAGCUCGCAGUCCAGCAUCACGAUAGCCUCGAAGGGAUUGACCUCGAAAUCGGCGUCGAUGCUGAGCGCAGCUUCCGCGGUGAACCAGCUGAUGAACGGCAUCAGGCCGGCCGAGGACGAUCUCCUGUCCCUUCCGCUGGACGACCUCGACCUCCUGCGCUCGAACUCGAACCCGCAAGAUGUUGACCGGGCUAUCGCUAAGUACUCCGGAUUUUUGGACAGCUUCGUCGAGCGACUGAAAGCGAACGACGGGAAGAACGGCAAGGCCCCGUUGCUGUUGGACCGGGUGAACGAGAUCAUCAGGAAGGCCUGGGCAGUGCCGACUCACGGCCACGAGCUUGGCUACACCCUUUGCAACACCUUGAGGACCAGAGGUGGCCUGGACCUGCUCAUGGCAAAUUGCGUGGCCGGCGACCACGACCUACAGUUCUCCUCGGCUAGGCUGCUGGAGCAAUGCUUGACCACCGAGAACCGCGCCCACGUGGUGGAGAACGGCCUCGAGAGAGUCGUCAACGUGGCCUGCGUGUGCACGAAGAACGCCAACUCCGUGGACCACGCCAGAGUCGGUACCGGGAUUUUGGAGCACCUCUUCAAGCACAGCGAGGGCACUUGCAGCGACGUCAUCAAGCUUGGAGGUCUGGAUGCGGUGCUCUUCGAGUGUAGGAAAAACGAUGUGGAGACCUUGAGGCACUGCGCCGGGGCGUUGGCGAACCUAUCCCUCUAUGGGGGUGCCGAGAACCAAGAGGCGAUGAUCAAGAGGAAGGUUCCCAUGUGGCUGUUCCCUCUCGCGUUCCACAACGACGACAACAUCAAGUACUACGCCUGUUUGGCGAUAGCCGUCCUCGUGGCGAAUAAGGAAAUCGAGGCAGCUGUUCUCAAGUCAGGGACCCUCGACCUGGUCGAGCCCUUCGUUACGUCUCAUAAUCCGUAUGAGUUCGCCAAGUCGAAUCUCGCCCAUGCCCAUGGUCAGAGCAAGAACUGGCUUGAGAGGUUGGUCCCGGUGUUGAGCUCUAAGAGGGAGGAGGCUAGGAACCUGGCUGCUUUCCACUUCUGCAUGGAAGCUGGUAUUAAGAAGCAGCAGGGCAAUACCGAGAUCUUCAGGGCGAUCGGAGCGAUCGAACCCUUGAAAAAGGUGGCUAGCUGUCCCAACGCCAUCGCCUCCAAGUAUGCUGCUCAGGCUCUUGGCCUCAUCGGUGAAGAAAUUCCCCAUAAGCUCAGUCAGCAGGUACCUCUUUGGUCCACCGAGGACGUCAGGGAGUGGGUCAAGCAAAUCGGCUUUGCCGAGUGCGCGCCAAACUUCGUCGAGAGCAGAGUCGAUGGGGACCUCUUGCUGCAACUCAACGAGGACAACCUCAGAGAGGAUAUUGGCCUCACCAAUGGGAUCAGGAGGCGUCGCUUCACCAGGGAGCUGCAGAACCUGAAGAAGAUGGCCGACUACAGCAGCAGGGAUACCGGGAACCUCAACAGCUUCCUGCAGUCCAUCGGGCAGGAAUUCUCCAUCUACACUUACAGCAUGUUGAACGCCGGAGUCGACAAGGACUCCAUCAGGAAUCUAUCCGAGGACCAGCUACUCAGCGAGUGCGGCAUCGCCAACAGUAUCCACCGACUCAGGAUACUCGACGCCAUCAAGAACAUGCAGCAUAAUCGGUUCAGCUCCUACGAGGACGAGUCGCCGGAUAAAUCCCUCGACGUUUUCGUUAGCUACAGGAGGUCCAAUGGUUCUCAGCUGGCCAGCUUACUCAAGGUCCACCUUCAGCUUCGCGGAUUCUCCGUUUUCAUAGACGUCGAGAGGCUCGAGGCGGGGAAGUUUGACAAUAAUCUGCUGCAGAGCAUCAAGCAGGCCAGACACUUCCUCCUGGUACUCACGCCCAAGGCCCUCGAGAGGUGCAUACAGGACAGCGAGUGCAAGGACUGGGUGCACAGAGAGAUCGUGGCAGCUUUGCAAUCGCAGUGUAACAUCAUUCCCAUCAUAGACAACUUUCAGUGGCCCGAGCCCGAAGAGCUUCCCGAAGACAUGAGGGCGGUGUGCCACUUCAACGGGGUUCGCUGGAUCCACGACUACCAAGAUGCCUGUGUAGACAAACUCGAAAGGUUUAUGCGCGGCGAGAUCCCUGUCAGAUCCGAGAUGUCUGGCGGCAUUCCGAGGAAUAUCGUACCUAAAGAUGUCACGACUCCUGGAACUCCAGGAAGUACGAAUAUGCGGCAACCCCCGAAUUAUCAGAGGAUGCACAGCAACGAGAGCAGGGGCAGCGAUAAGGAUUCCAUCGGUGGACGAGAUUGACUAGAUGGCCCGCCCACAGCUAUACCUAGCAGGCUUAGAAAAUCGUCGAGUCCGUCCCGUUGGAUGAUGGGUCUGCCACCGACAUCUCCACGACUGAAGUUCAUCCAUACGCAUCCUGGUGGGAAUCAUCCAGUUCCUCGACGCCCCCCUCGUCACCCUGCACC